UGAUCUUCUUCUACACCAAAAGCUUUCAUGAAUCUCAAACCACAACUUCCCUUAAUUUGCCUCUUGGCCCUAAUUGCUAUCGUACGUGCAAAUGAUGAUUGCGCCCCUUUGCGGUGCGGAAACCUUACCAUCGGCUACCCAUUUCGACUAAAGACUCAACCCCGCAAUUGUGGUGAUCCGAGGUUCGAAUUGGACUGUGAGAACAGUACCGACAGCGUAGUUUUGAUCAUCGAACAAGAGAAAUUCUAUGUCCAAAACAUAUCGUAUUCCGAUUACACGAUACGAUUUGUCGAUCCGAGCUUGGUUGAUACAAACAAUUGCUCCAUUCCUCUUAGUUCCUUUCCUUUAUCCGGUUCUAGUUGUGAUCAAUACAUGAUUGAAACAAUUGAUUUUCAAUUCAUGUAUAUAGUGAACUGUAUGACACUAAUGGAAUCUCGGAUUUAUAUCGAUGCCUCUCGUUGCAUCAACGGUAGCGGUUCAUCUUCUAGCCAACAGAGUUACUUUUAUUUUUUAGUCGGACGUACGCCGCCAAGCGAGUUCGAUCCAUCUUGCAUAGUCGUAGCCCGUGUUCCUGGUGAUUUUCGGAACAUCUCAGGGUUGCCGACAUCAGACGUGUACGAAAAGCUAUCGAAGGGGUUCGAAAUGUCAUGGAGGUAUUACAAUAUGAGCUGCGAGGAUGAUCAGGGAUUUUUCAUCGUACAUAUGUGAGAUUUUUUA